AUUAAUAUGACCCUCUAAACUCUUCCACGACGGCAAACAUCGAAAACCCUAGAAGAAUUUGCAGCUGAGAGAUGGCUAUUCUUUCCGACUACGAAGAGCCGGAAGCUAAUGCGCCUUCUUCCUCGGCCACCGCAACCAAGCCGUUUAAGGCUUCUCUGGAUCCCGCAAACCCGCUUGGGUUUCUUGAGACGGUGUUUGGGUUCCUCGCGCGCGAAUCUGAUUUGUUCAAGAGCGAUUCAUUGAUCAACGAUGUGAAUGCGGUGGUAAGGAUGGUUAAGGAGAAGGUCCAAACCCAGGAGCGAAUGCAGAAGGAGAAGGACCGUGGGACGAACGGGAAUAUUGACAUAGAGAUGAAAGAGGCGCCCAUCCCUGCCGCGGCUGCACCUCCAAAGGAGGUGAAAGCAGAGGAUGAUACGGCUGCUGAUUCCAAGGAGGAAAAUAAGAACGGGCCAAGAGCUCCUAACAGUGGAAAUGGACUUGAUAUGGAUAACUACUGUUGGACUCAAACCCUGCAGGAGGUCAAUGUCACUGUCCCUGUGCCUCCUGGAACAAAGUCAAGGUUCAUCAUAUGCGAGAUUAAAAAGAACCAUCUUAAAGUUGGAGUUAAGGGUCAGCCACCAGUUAUUGAUGCUGAACUCUACAAGCCUGUCAAGGUUGAUGAUUGCUUUUGGAGCUUGGAGGAUCAAAAAUCCAUCUCUGUACUGCUAACUAAGUUCGAUAACAUGGAGUGGUGGAAAUAUUUGGUCAAGGGUGAUCCUGAAAUUGAUACACAAAAAGUAGAGCCCGAAAAUAGCAAACUAUCAGAUUUAGACCCUGAGACGCGGUCAACUGUGGAAAAAAUGAUGUAUGACCAGAGACAAAAAACCAUGGGUCUUCCAACAAGUGAUGAGAUGCAGAAACAAGAAAUCCUAAAGAAAUUCAUGUCUGAGCACCCGGAAAUGGACUUUUCCAAGGCCAAGUUUAGCUGAUCGACAGUGCCUACUUUUGGUCUCAGUGGUGGUGCUGAUGCAUAUUUGUUAGUGGCAAGAAAAUAGGCCAUUGUGUUUCUUCAUUGCAGUUGAUAUGUCCUGUCUUGUGUUGGGUUGUGCAGUCAGUAUAUGAUCAAUCUUCUUGCUUUUGGUAACUAUUAUGAACUUAUAUGAUGACCAAUUUGAACAAAUAUGCUUGUGCAAUGCUUUAAUUGACUCAAGAUUUUGCUACAAAUCAUUUUUUGCAUCAACAUUAUCUGACACUUCCUGAUUAUUAGGAUUUCAUACAUUAUUGCUGUAGGCAGUAGAUGUCUCCAUU